GUCAGACUACACCUCAAAUCCUUGUAUAAAACCUCUAUUCCCAUGGCAUUCAAUACAUGCAAAUCAAGUAACCUCUAAGACGUCCCAACUCACAAACACGACAUUUUGCAAUUUGCAUUGACUAAUACCCCUUCAUCACCACCACUACAGGUAUGGACAAUUGCCGCAUUCUUCUGGUAACUGUCCCAGGACAAGGAAGCAUUAAUCCGUCCCUCCAAUUUGCCAAGCAUCUCGUGGCAAUGGGUGUCAAAGUUACCUUUGCCACUAGCCUCUCCGCCAUCCAGAGAAUGAACAAAAAUGCCCCAAUCCUACAAGCCUUAACCCUCGCCCCCUUCUCUGAUGGCUAUGACAAUGGCAAAGAAGUUGUCAAAAUCGAAAACUAUCUAUCCUCGCUUCGAAUUCACAGUUCCCAAGCUGUUGCAAAUCUCAUCAGUGCCAGCGCAGACGAAGGCUGCGCCUUCACACAUGUGGUCUACACCACAACUAUGCCAUGGGUAGCAGAAGUGGCACAUGAACUUCACAUUCCAUCCACACUUCUUUGGGUCCAACCAGCAACUAUUGUGGACAUUUACUACUAUUACUUCAAUGGGUAUGGUGAUGUUAUUACAAAAAAUAGCUAUGACCCCUUUUGUCCAAUUGAAUUGCCAGGACUUCCAUUGCUCACUAGUCGUGAUCUUCCUUCCAUCUUACAACCUAACCCUACAGACUCCUCCAGUUUUCUUUCAGUAAUCAAGAAGCACUUAGACAUACUUGAUGCCGAAAUAAAUCCACAAGUACUAGUAAAUACAUUCGACACAUUGGAAUCUGAUGCUCUACGAGCUAUCAAGAAGCUCAACAUGAUAGCAAUUGGGCCGUUAAUCCCAUCAGCAUUUUUGGAUGGAAAAGAUACAUCUGAUACUUCAUUUGGAGGUGAUAUGUUUCAGAAGUCGACGGGCUAUAUAGAAUGGUUGAAUUCGAAGCCAGAGUCCUCUGUUGUUUAUGCAUCAUUCGGAAGCCUUUCAGUGCUCUCGAAGAAACAAAUGGAAGAGAUGGCACAUGGGUUGUUAGAAAGCCGAAGGCCAUUCUUGUGGGUGGUAAGAAAAACUGAUCAAACUGGUAGGAAUAUGGAAAACGAGGUAAGUUGCAUUGAGGAAUUGGAAAAGCAAGGGAUGAUGGUGACAUGGUGUUCCCAAGUGGAGGUUCUGUCACACCCAUCAUUGGGAUGUUUUGUGACGCAUUGUGGGUGGAAUUCUACAUUGGAGAGUUUGGUUUCUGGGGUUCCAAUGGUGGUAUUUCCGCAAAGGGCGGAUCAGGGGACUAAUGCAAAGCUGAUCACAGAUGUUUGGGAUACGGGAGUGGGGGUGACAGUAAAUGAGGAAGGAAUAGUAGAGAGGGAGGAGUUUAAGAGGUGCAUAGAAAUGGUAAUGGGGGAUGGAGAUACAGGGAAAGAAAUGAGGAGAAAUGCCAAAAAAUGGAAGGAACUAGCAAGGGAAGCUGUGAAGGAAGGUGGGUCCUCGGACAUGAAUAUUAAGGCUUUUGUGGGUGAGGUUGGAAAUAAACAGACUGUUUAAUUAGUAGGAUGAACUUUGUUCUUGAUUGAAUCUUUCUUUUCCUUGUAUUUUUCACUUUUGAUUUUCCUUUUGCUCUGUUGUCACAAUUGCAAUUCAAAGUGACACGUGCCUAAAAGGUCAUGUAUUUGGUAUUCCAAUUUACAAUGAAUUAUAACA